GAUGGCGUCCAGCUUUAAAAAGCCAAACGCGGCCUCCACCAGCCAGAAAAGAAAGGGGGGUCCUAAGCCCGAACUCACGGAGGAGCAGAAGCAAGAGGUCCGGGAAGCGUUUGACCUCUUCGACUCGGACGGCAGCGGGACCAUCGACGUGAAGGAGCUGAAGGUGGCCAUGAGGGCGCUGGGCUUCGAACCGCGCAAGGAGGAGCUGAAGAAGAUGAUCUCGGACGUGGACAAGGAGGGCACCGGCAAGAUCAGCUUCAACGACUUCCUGGCCGUGAUGACGCAGAAGAUGGCCGAGAAGGACACCAAAGAAGAAAUCCUGAAGGCUUUCAAGCUCUUCGAUGACGACGAAACCGGGAAGAUCUCGUUCAAGAACCUGAAGCGGGUGGCCAACGAGCUGGGCGAGAACCUCACGGACGAGGAGCUGCAGGAGAUGAUCGACGAGGCGGACCGGGACGGGGACGGCGAGGUGAAUGAGGAGGAGUUCCUGCGGAUCAUGAAGAAGACCAACCUUUACUGAAGUCAGGCAGUGAAAGCAGCUCGCUGGGUGCCCCUGCUUCCUGUUUGGGAGACCUGAACUUCGAGGACAACGGCCAUCUGUCCCUUUUCUAACCCCCUUCAUUUGCCUAGACUUAUUUGAAACUCUCUAACUCAAUUACAGAACAUGAAAGAUGCCCGUACCGUGAGUUUUUUGGCUUUUAAUUCUCAAGAGCAGACCCGGAGCCCGGAAAGUUACACCAAGGACCCUGAAACUUGAGUCCACCCAACCGUUUGCCACGC